CUCACAGGACGCUGGAUUGGCCGCAGAAUCUAAGGAGAUCCAAUACAUGACGGUCAUUUUUCCCGUCCAGUAAAACAUCGGAAAAAGGUCAGUCGUUAUAUGUAAGGUUCUGAGAUUCAUACAUGUAAACCAAUUGGGUCAGAGCUUUUCUUCCUGUCACUCACACACGCAGAGACCCAACAGAAAAGAGGGUUAGCAAGUUAGCAAACAACAGAGAAGGACUGUUAUGAUCAUUUUAAGACUAUGCCGAUCGAUAAAGCCAACAAACCCAAACAAACACUUCUUCAAGUGGGCUUUUCUUCCUGUCACUCACAGAGACCCACUCAGAUAGAGUGUGCUAACACUCUUUUAUAAUGGGUUAGCAAACAACUAUAUUAUAAUACAUUUUCAUUGUUUGAUUUAAAAAGAAAAAAUUGGUCUUAAAAUAUAUUUGAGCAAAACUGGGUUAGCAAACAACAGAGAGGGAAAUUUUAUGAUCCUUUAAAGAUAACUGAUCGAUCAAUCAGAAUCCUCCAACAACUGUCUUGUGGCUAAGAAAUGUGAUGUACUUUUGAUUUAAUUGUAAAUUAGUUAUUUUACUGAUAAUGGGAAGACAAAUUUAGUCCAAGGAUAGUUUAUAUACGGGGGUCUGGAGAUUUUAUAUAUGCAAACACAAAUACUCCUCAAGCAAGCUUUUCUUCCUGUCACUCACACACACAGACACACACCGAUUAAUCAACGAUCAAUAAAGCAGAAUAAAAUCAAAAUCAAUCAAAACUUUGUUUAUAAAUAAAGAGCUUUUCAUCAAAGAAAUGCAACACAAAGUGCUUUACAGACUUAAAAACAAUACCCCGAUGACCCAGAUCCCCCAUCAUCACACACACACACACACACACACACACAUAUGAACAAAUGAAUGCAUGGCUGAGUACAGAGGAGACAUGUGAGUAAACACUAUCACAAGAGCCAUCUGCACCACACCAUGGCCACCAGCAUGCUGACACAUCACGGCCGAUAACCCCUCAUGAAUGCUGGAAAGUAAAAAUAAUAUAACCAGUAAAAUAGUACAAACCAUGGGUAGAGAAAAAGGAUAAAAUACAAGUAAGACAUAUGAAGAUAAAAAAGAAAUAUACAGUAAAUAUAUAAUAGAUAAAUACAACUAAAUAAAGAAGAAUUAAAGCAGCUAAUAAAGAUGACAUACUUUUUUUUGAAUCCACCGUUAUUUCACAGAUAUUAAAAUACUUAAUUUAUUUUUUAAUAUUUGAUUGGCAACACUUAAUUGGACCUAGUGUGUGAAUGUUGUCUGUCUAUCUGUGUUGGCCCUGCGAUGAGGUGGCGACUUGUCCAGGGUGUACCCCGCCUUCCGCCCGAAUGCAGCUGAGAUAGGCUCCAGCGACCCCGAAAGGGACAAGCGGUAGUAAAUGGAUGGAUGGAUGGAUGGAUGGUGUUAAAAAAUAUUUGAGCAAAAACAAGUCCUAAAAAGGAGGCUAUUCAGAGUCUUGAAACCCAAGUAUGGAUAAAAUAUUUCAACCUUUUCCGCUUUUAUUAAUCCCAGAGGACUUUUCAUCUACUGAUUGUCACAUCUGAUGCGCACUACAACCACCUUCAUGAACAUAAACCAGUGGGCCAGUGUCAUCGUGGAUGAAAACUGAGCAGAAUUCCCAUCCUGUGUUGGAUCUCAUUAGAUUAUUGCAGGUGUACCUAAUGAAGUGGCUUGUUUCCUGGCUUCCAUUUCCUCCCAGUCACAUUUCCUCCCCGUCACAUUUCCUCCCAGUCACAUUUCCUCCCCGUCACAUUUCCUCCCAGUCACAUUUCCUCCCCGUCACAUUUCCUCCCAGUCACAUUUCCUCCCCGUCACAUUUCCUCCCAGUCACAUUUCCUCCCCGUCACAUUUCCUCCCCGUCACAUUUCCUCCCAGUCACAUUUCCUCCCAGUCACAUUUCCUCCCAGUCACAUUUCCUCCCCGUCACAUUUCCUCCCCGUCACAUUUCCUCCCCGUCACAUUUCCUCCGCGUCACAUUUCCUCCCCGUCACAUUUCCCCUGACAUUCAAUACUUGUCUGCUCCAAUUUUUCACUUUCUACGAUUCCUUGCUAACCUUCCUCUCUCUCUCCUUCAUGGCCACUCUUCCUUCUCGCUUCACCUUCUGAUCCUGGGCCUCAGCCACGACCAGUCUGCCUCCUCGUCGGAUGAUUCCGACCCCGGUGCCUCCAGCCCCUCCCCCUCUUGCGCCCCCUCGCACAAGACCGCCGCUGUCGUGCACGGCAAAAGUCCGCCUAUGCACCCACACCCCCCCUCCACCACCCACUUAGAGGCCCCGCCUCUGGUUUUCCCCCCAGUGGACCCCACCGCCGGUCCCAGACUGGUCAAAUGCCAGAAGUGGCCCCUGCUCGGGCGCCAAGACCCCCGCGAGCCGCCUGAUCCCAUAGAUUACGAGAGCAUUAUCCCCGACUUGGAGAACGACGACAUGUUUGCGAGGCGGACCCUCGCCUUCCAGUCCAACGCGGAGCUGGCGAGGGUCAAGACCCCGUUGUCUGCGAGGCGGCGCCUGUGGACGUCCGAGGAACAGCUCAAUAUCGUCACCCAGCGUCACGACGCCAACAUGGAGGACGAGGACUUCCCGGACAUCGAGCAGGACGACCUGGUCCAGCAUAAGGAGAAAAUCCGUCAAGCUCACCAAAGACGACCCCUCUCCGGCGCCCCGGACAACUACUCCCCGAUGCCGGUCCCCGAGCCGUGGGACCUCCCCGCGGAUCUGAAGACCCGACUCCUGUGCCCGCCGUGCCCUCUCACUCGGCAGGGCUCCGCGCAUAAAUCCGUCAAAAAGGAGGCGUGUCCCGAAUCGGACGACAUGCUGGUGCGAAAGUUUACCGCGUGUUCGCAGAAGAGCUCGGCCAAUCAGUCGAGCCCCUCCAUGCCGACUUCCUGUAGCGACGGCGACCUGCAGAGGUGGCGCGAUAUCAGAGAGGCCAGUCAGCUGAGAUAUAAGAAGAGGCGCAUGGUAGAAAUGCUAGCCGCUCUCAAGCUGUAGACUUAGACAAACUUUAAUGAUCUGUAGCUUUUAGCUCGUGGAAAUAUUUGUUGUUUGGAACUUCUAAAUACACCGGAGCACGUUUAUGUCGAGGAUACCAACUUGUUCUUUUACACUAAAAAUUGCCCGCUUAAGUUGACAUGGACAUACCUCUUUUGUCGACAUAAAAUCUGAAAUUCUGAAUAAUCAACAACGCCCGUCAUUGUCGCUCGCACGUUUUUUUUUUGCAAAAAAGCUGUGAAACGUUUCAAAUAUUUAAUCAAGAUUAAUUACAUUUUGCUCAUAGUUAACUUAGAAAUAAUCGCGAUUAAUCACAGAUGGAUAUCAUUAAUAAGUGUACCCGAGACAGACAAUUAUUUUUGCUUUAAUGAAACAUGUUUUAAACGUUAUGCUUUUUAAUCAGCUCCAAAAAAAAAAAGGACAUGAACACACUUUUAAUGGUAAUAAAAAAUAUUACCUGCAGUGUGUUGGUGUCUUGCCAGAUUUUUGUUUUUUGUAGGAAUGUAUAAUUUGUAUUCCUGCUUUAGAAGCACUUGCCAAGAGAGGGGAGGAGCUACAGCAUCUUUAUAUACCAGGUUCACGCAUUAAUAACAUCAAAUGUGGAUUGUUACGAACAUGCUUUGAUUGGCAAAUAUGUUUGCUAAUGUAAUCUGUGAUAUUUCCACCUGAAUAAAUGCUUCUUAUAUUCUGUACAUUACAUGUCUAUUUAUUAAUAACAUGUCAUAUUCAGCCUGCUAAUCUUUCCAAAAUUGAGGACUAUCAUCCAGAACAAGUUAUAAAAAAAAUAUACACUUUAUUUCAGCCUACCAAAAAAUCUCCCAUAUCUUCCCAACUGUCGUACUAGCAUUUGUUUAGGUAGAACUAUCACAGAUUACAUCACAAAACAUAUUUGACAAAGCAUGAUCGUAAAUGUAAGACAUUUUUAUUUUGUGAGUGAAGUUAGACCGGAUGUGAAGCAUAGCACUUUUAUUCUGAAGGCAGAAGUGUGUGAUAGGUUUGAGAAGGUGUCUUGACAUGUUUUGACGACGGACCUUACUGUUUGCAAUAAAAAAGUGACUCAAAAUGAUGUUAUCAAUGCACCUUAACUGUAAUCUAAACACGGAAGUGAAGCUCCGCCCACCUAUCUGAACAGAGCAAUUUGCUCCAGUGAAGACGCUCACGGUGAAAAAUAGUCUUUUCUCGUCGAAAGAACAACUUGCCAUGACUUUGGAGCUGAUAUUUCCAUAAUGUACCGCUUUUUUUCCUUUUCCAUUUCUGAUCGCUAUUUUCCCGUUUGUGGCUCAUCAGUUACUAGUGAAUGCGGCCAAUUUUCACCCCGGCUACGGAACGGCCCGAGGGUCAAACUUUGACAGCCCAAGUCCAAAUCAAUAACAACAUGCUAAUAAUAAGAAGGUUGAACCAAAGAUCCUUUAUUCUUUUCACUCAUCAACAAUUUUAGUUUUCUCCCUUUUUUCCGCAACUAACAAAAUGUGCUCAUUAGAAGCAUUCUCUUUUGGUCUCUGGUGAAAACCACAAGUAUAUGUGGCUAUUUUCGGUUAUGUCGACAUGAGUCAGCCAAUCCGAGAAAUGUCGACUUAAGCGGUUUUCUCUGUGUUUGAGUCUGUGCUUUGGAAUUUCUUGAGCUUGUUUUGUGGUCGGAAUGACUCACUAUGGCAGGAUUAGUGAGGAGAAACACAAACUGCUGCAUGUUACUUCUUUUAAAGUGUGAUUUAUGAAUACAUCAUCGGAUUUACCCAAAACCCUGCAGUGCUGUUUUAGACACCGAGCUCCUAUUUGAUUAAAACAUGUCAAUUAUAGGACUCUGUUUGUCAAUAAAAGGGCAAAAAGGUGGUGUCACCCGGUGGCAGUAGUUACCUCAGCUGUGAUUUUCAGCACCAUGUGUCAUCUUAACGCCCACAAAAAAUGUCAAGUUGAACCCAAAAUGGAAUUACAUUUUUCAAUGUUGUGAUUUUUGUUUGAAUUUAUAAACACACAUACAUAUGGGUUGUUUCCUGGGGGAAACGACUAUUUAUCUAAAAAUAAAUAUAUAUCUUUACAUUGAAGGGUAACUAUAAAGUUGAUUAUAGCAAAUAUUAUAUAGCGAUUAUAUACUUCACAUCUUUUGAAUUUGAGUGUUUAUGUUUGGUAAAUACAAUUAAUAGCUUUAUUUAAUAUAAUAAAACAAAAAACAAGUUGAUACUUUUGUCAGGGACUAUUUAGUAUAUAUUUUUAAAAAUAAAUACAUUUUAAAUAUAUUUUAAUUAUUUAUUGUGAUGUUUUUUUUGUGGGGAAAAUAUAACAAGUACUAUUUAAUGUAAUCAAAGA